UUGGCACACAGCGUAAAAAAUGGAGAGUGCAAAUUGCUGUUACAGUAGAGGAUAUGGCAUUAUGGAUAGAUGGCAAUGGCAAUGGCAGGUAGGCCUCCACUGCAAAUCCUUCUUCAACUCUUCCCUUUCUCCUCCAUACUCCAAACCACCGUCCUCCCUCUCUCUCCGCCACAAACUCCGCCAUGGCACCCACUACCUUCCCCCGGAGUCCCACUCCCUCCUCCACGCCCUCCACGUGUCCUCCCGCUCCGGCGACACCCACCUGGCCAAGACCGUCCACGCCACGCUCCUCAAACGCGACGAAGAAGACACCCAUCUCUCCAACGCCCUCAUCUCCACUUACCUCAAACUCAACCUCUUCCCCCACGCCCUCCGCCUCUUCCUCUCCCUCCCUUCCCCCAACGUCGUCUCCUACACCACCCUCAUCUCCUUCCUCUCCAAGCACCGCCAGCACCACGCGCUCCAUCUCUUCCUCCGCAUGACCACUCGCUCCCACCUCCCCCCCAACGAGUACACCUACGUCGCCGUUUUAACCGCCUGCUCUUCACUCCUCCACCACUUCCAUUUCGGCCUCCAGCUCCACGCCGCCGCACUCAAAACUGCUCACUUCGACUCCCCCUUCGUCGCCAACGCCCUCGUCUCUCUCUACGCCAAGCACGCCUCUUUCCACGCCGCGCUUAAACUCUUCAACCAAAUACCACGCAGGGACAUUGCUUCGUGGAACACCAUCAUCUCUGCUGCGCUUCAGGACUCCUUAUACGACACCGCGUUUCGCUUGUUCCGUAACAUGCAGGCCACGGACGCGUUUAGAGUCGAUGACUUCACUUUAUCCAUACUUCUCACCGCGUCUGCGUCGUUGAUGGAAGGUCAACAGGUUCACGCCCACGCUGUUAAGUUAGGGUUGGAAACCGAUUUGAACGUUGGGAAUGGACUCAUUGGGUUUUACUCUAAAUUUGGUAAUGUUGAUGACGUGGAGUGGUUGUUUGAGGGGAUGAGAGUCAGGGAUGUUAUAACUUGGACUGAGAUGGUCACAGCGUAUAUGGAGUUUGGGUUGGUCAAUUUGGCCUUGAAGGUGUUCGAUGAAAUGCCAGAGAAGAAUUCCGUGUCUUAUAACACGGUUCUGGCUGGGUUCUGUCGAAACGAACAAGGUUUUGAGGCCAUGAGGUUGUUUGUAAGAAUGGUGGAGGAGGGUUUGGAGUUGACGGAUUUUAGUUUGACUAGUGUUGUUGAUGCUUGUGGAUUGCUUGGUGAUUACAAGGUCAGCAAGCAGGUUCAUGGGUUUGCGGUGAAGUUUGGGUUUGGAUCGAAUGGUUAUGUUGAGGCUGCAUUGCUUGACAUGUACACGAGGUGUGGGAGGAUGGUGGAUGCCGGUAAGAUGUUUUUGAGAUGGGAGUUGGAGGAGUUUAGCUCUGUGGUUUGGACGGCAAUGAUAUGUGGCUAUGCUCGGAAUGGACAACCGGAGGAGGCGAUUUAUCUUUUCCACGUUGGUCGAUCAGAUGGCAAGGUGAUUAUGGAUGAAGUUGCAGCGGCUUCAAUGCUUGGUCUUUGUGGAACUAUUGGUCAUCUUGAUAUGGGUAAGCAAAUCCAUUGCCAUGUGAUUAAAUGUGGAUUGGGAUUUAAUUUGGAAGUCGGAAAUGCAGUUGUUAGCAUGUAUUUUAAGUGUGGGAGUGUGGAUGAUGCAAUGAAGGUUUUCGGUGAUAUGCCUUGUACUGAUAUAGUUACAUGGAAUACUUUGAUUUCUGGCAAUCUUAUGCACAGACAGGGUGAUAGAGCAUUGGAAAUAUGGGUGGAGAUGCUGGGGGAGGGCAUAAAGCCUAACCAAGUUACAUUUGUUUUGAUCAUUUCAGCUUACAGGCAAACUAACUUAAAUUUGGUUGAUGAUUGCCGUAAUUUGUUUAAUUCAAUGAGAACGGUUUAUCAAAUUGAGCCCACAUCCAGGCAUUAUGCUUCCUUCAUCAGUGUUUUGGGUCACUGGGGUCUUCUGCAAGAAGCACUAGAAACUAUCAAUAACAUGCCUUUCCAGCCUUCUGCUCUUGUUUGGCGCGUUUUGCUUGAUGGUUGUAGAUUGCAUAAGAAUGAAUUGAUUGGAAAAUGGGCUGCUCAGAAUAUUCUGGCCCUUGAACCUAAAGAUCCUUCAACAUUUAUACUUGUUUCAAAUUUGUAUUCUGCUUCUGGGAGAUGGGACCGCUCUGAAAUGGUCAGGGAGGAUAUGAGAGAAAAGGGGUUUCGCAAACACCCAGCUCAAAGUUGGAUCGUUUGUGAGAAGAAAAUAAAUUCAUUUUAUCCGAGAGAUAGAUCACAUCCACAGGAGAAAGACAUACAGAGAGGUUUGGAAAUCCUGAUCUUGGAGUGCCUAAAAAUUGGAUAUGAACCUGACACGAGCUUUGUUCUCCAUGAAGUAGAGGAGCAUCACAAGAAAAUUUUCCUAUUCCAUCACAGUGCUAAACUGGCAGCAACUUAUGGGAUACUGAUGACCAAGCCUGGAAAGCCCAUUCGGAUUGUAAAGAAUAUCCUUCUUUGUGGGGACUGCCAUGCAUUCUUAAAAUAUGCAUCUAUUGUCACAAAGAGGGAUAUAUUUCUGAGAGAUUCUUCUGGAUUUCAUUGUUUCUCCAAUGGCCAGUGCUCGUGUAAAGACUGCUGGUGAAACGCUGGUUCAUCCAACUGGUCAUCAUCAUUCAUGCCAAUGAUGUUUGCUGAAUAAUUUUUUUUAGUUAUAGUUAUAGGAUAGCAAUGUUACAUAAGAGUAGUAUUCUAUGUAGAUGUUACUACCAAUUUUGUGGGACCAAUCAAGUGGAAGAAAGAUGCUUCUUACAAAUGCUUUUGUAAAAAAUUUAGGAAUUAGAACUGCACUGUCUCAUCAGAACAAAGAUGUAUUUUCUGUGUUUACUGAAAACCUUCACGGUGUAUGAUCUGACACGGUUCAGUAUUUAGUUAUAUACCAACUCAGCUGGGUGUUGGGGUUUCGACUCUUUAAAAUUUUUACUCCAACUACAUGAAUUUUUAAUGUCAGUUAAUUUUUUUUA